CAUUCGCUGACAGCCUGCGAUGGACUGACAUUCAUGUCGCGGAACCAAUGGAAGGCCCGGAGUCGUAAAGCGAAUGAUCCGCCACAGAGACUGCCGACACCCGUGAGCCACGUGUUCAUACACCACACGGUGACCCCCGACCAGUGCCACAACCAGGCGGCGUAUGUGGCGGCCGUGCGAAGUAUGCAGGACUUUCAUAUGGAUAACCGGAACUGGAGUGACAUCGGCUAUAACUUUCUGAUGGGUGGUGACGGUCGCAUAUACGAGGCCAGGGGUUGGUAUACAGUGCGGGCGCACACUCUAGGCAUGAACGACAAGUCAGUGAACUUAGCACUGAUGGGUAACUACGAGUCGGUGGCGCCGCCUAAAAAGAUGUUAGACUUGGCCCAGAAGUGGGUCGAGUGUGCCGUAGAGAAGGGUGUGGUGUCCGGGCUCUACCAACUGCACGGACACAGGGAUCAGACGUGCACUUCAUCUCCCGGUCAGGCCUUUUAUGACAUCAUUAAAAGCUGGAAGUAUUUCAAAGGAGGACCACUUGACACUUAUAUCCACAACACCAACUUACAGAUGCCCGGUAAUUAUGCCAGGGACAAAUUGUCCGGGGGUCGUCAAUGA